AGCCCAAUGUCGACCGCCCUGGAGAAAGCCAUAGGCACCAUGGUGGUGACUUUCCACAAAUACACCCAGAAGGAAGGCGACAAGUUCAAACUCAACAAAGCCGAGCUCAAGGAGCUGCUCCAAAAUGAGCUGCCCGUCCUCAACAGCAAACGGAUGGACGCGGCCGAAUUGCAGAAGAUCAUGACCGACCUGGACCACAACCGGGACCACGAGGUGGACUUCCAGGAGUUCUGCUGCUUCCUGUCCUGCGUGGCGAUGGGCUUCGAGGAGUUCUUCCGGGGCUGCCCCAAACCCCCGCUGCCUCGCAAGUGAGCCUUCCCGGCCACCUGUCAAUCAAUCAAAGGCAUUA